AUGGAAGUACAGUGUCAUCCCCAUCGGUAUCGAUCCAUUUUGAGGGGGUCUGAUUCACCAGCAAUUCACGAUAACAUCCCUCUGGAGAAACUGUAUGAUCAGCUCCGUGCUGGUGUUUUCUUAAACAAUAGGACCGUGAAAUACUCGGUGGAAAACGAAUCGAAGAAGAAUUGCUUCAUGUUGCAUGCACGGUACUUCAUCAUCCAAAGGUCUGACGAACCCUCUUGCUGGAAAUGGGUGAUCGAGGAAGAUCCAUCCAGCGACGUGGUCGUGCUGAAUGUGCGCUGGCUGGAUGCGCGCUGCAAGUUCGAAGUGUCGAUCCUGUCCCCGAAGACGACCUACGAGGUGGUCUUCCUGAUCAAGCUAACACCGUCGGCUUCCGGGUGGGAGGAUCCGGUGCACUUCGGGGUGACUCUCCCGGACGGGACCAAGCAAGAGCGCAAGGUGAAUCUGAAGGAGAAGCCGAAGGGGGAAUGGAUAGAGAUCAAAGCGGGAGAGGUGAGCACAUCAGAGUGUAAGGAGGGGCAGAUGGAGUUGUUCAUGUUCGAGCAUAGUGACCAUUGGAAGAGCGGGCUUGUAUUCAAGGGAGCUCUCAUUAGGCCCACAAACUAA